UUGCUGGGAAGAAUCAAACUUCCUCUUCAUUCUUUUUCCAUCUCCGCCGCUGUGCAGGAAAAAAAAAAUUCUUCCUCUUCAUCAGACGCUGCAAACACUCGCGGCUGAGAGAUCCCACACGAUCAGUUUCUUCCUCUUCACCAGACGCUGCAAACACUCGCGGCUGAGAGAUCCGACAGGAUCAGUAGCGAACAAUUUUUUGCGGGAAGCAACGAGGAGCUGAAAUGGUCGCCGUUCACGCCUCUACGACAGCUGUCCAAGCUUCGUCAUGACGUCGCCGAACCGAAGCUAUACAAAGCAGUGUACAUAUAUAUAAGAGGAAUGUUGGAAUGGAGCAGCAAUAAAAGAAAUAUGCAAACUUCAGGAUGUGGUUAAGUGGUAGUGCGCGGAAGUGCCUUUUACGAGAUCAGAGCUUCGUUUGCAAGCGUUAAGAGGACGGCAGGAGCAGAGAGGACGACAGGAACAUAGCAGGUUACCGUUCGGUGAGCAGGUGACUGUUCGGGAGUGGAUUGCAGGUGACCGUUCGAAUGGCCAGACGAGGAAAGCUAUUUAAAGGAGAAAAUGGGCUGCAUCCGGAAAAUCCGAAGGGUUUUGGGGGAUGGAAGCCUAUUUAUAGGCUGGAUUCUCAACAGCCAAAAGGGGGGGCAGCGCACAGCGAAGAGGGCGCAGCGCAAGCCAAGACUCUCCAUCCAUACUAGUAGCCGAGCCCUUCUCCACAGCAAGAACGGAGCCCCUCCACGAACCAGACGUCCACCGUCUCCGCAAACCCACUCCGGCAAACCAGCUGCAGCAACUUGCUGCGAGCCCUUCCCCAGACGUCCCUGCUGCUGGCGUCGCGAACCACCCACGCAGCAACUCAGCUCCUGCGGCGAAGUUCCCAACCGCUCCUCAGCCUGCUCCUGCUCCUGGCGAGAUCCCACGGUGCCUCAUGCUCAGCUCCGGCAACUACCGUCCGCACCAGUCACAGACAACCCGAAGACACCUCUACCACUGCAAUCCUCUGCAAUCGCUGCAACCCAGGCACCAUUAGCCAGAACUCCGGCGAACGCACCACAGAGUCCAGCAACCCAGGCACCAUCAGCCAGAACUCCGGCGAACGCACCACGGAGUCCAGCUUCCCGUGAACACCAACAAGACCCCGACCAUCGUCUGCCCCCUCCAGUCUCGGCAACACCACCGUGACAACCCACCGACACGAGCAACACCGGCGACCUUCCUCUGCAACUCCAUCUCCGGACACCCAAGAACUCCCUGUUCCAGCCAUCCCUCUGUCAGUCCGGCGCCAAGUAGUAGCAGAAGCAGCAACUACGGCUGUACCCCUCUCUACUCCAUUUGUGCGGAAUUGGAGAGAUUCAUACGAUUCAAAUCGGGCUGUUGUAUCCUGGUGGGGACAAGUCUUGAGGAGUUCUGCUGCACCAGUUGUGGGUUAAGCCAGUAAACCGCAAAGGGCUUGAAUCUCCUUAAAGAGAGUGAGAUAUCCAUGUCUCAGCCUAUUUGUGAAUCGCUAUUUUAUUUUUAUUUUAUUUGCAUCUAAGUUUUAUCAUUUUAUAUUUUUAAUUUUCUAACAAUAAGGAGAUUCAAAAUAUGGAGCCUACAGUUGAGAAACCCAUUGAAAAUGUUGGAGAUCUCAACAAGUCUUUCUGAUUUAAAGGAACCUACUUCAAAAGAUGGAAAGACAAGAAGGUUUUGUAGAAUAAGUAUGACACCGAGGAGGAAAAA